AGCGCGGCUGGCAAGCGAUCGAGUUGUGGUGAAUUAGAAAAGGUGCGCAAGCACAUAAACGCGCGUUUAAAAUAUAAAAAAUAAAAAAAUAGUGAUACAUUACAUAUUAUAAAACAAAAAAAAGAAAAUGUUUAAUAAAGAAGAAAAACAAAUUAAUUAAAUAUUAAAGUGUGUAACUAAUAUAAAAUCAUGCAAUAAUUCUCAGUGCAAAUUGUGUGCUAACGUUUGGUUAAAAUGAAAUUGAAACCUGAAAUUGUUAUGCAAAUAAGCUGAUUUCAUACGAAUCGCUGGCGUAUGCUAUUGUGAAAGAAAUUUUUUGCAACAUUUUGCUCGCUAUUGAAAGUUGGAGCUGUCGGAAGUGAGCGCCAAACAUAAAGGAAUUUCUUAAUCAAACGAGGAAUGCUAAAUAAAUGUGGUUAAUAUAUACAGAAAAUUAAUAGUGAUUGUGUUCGCUUCUAGUGUGUUUAAUGAUAGUUAAAUUAUAACUGAAUUAUUAAAAUUAAAUCAAAAAAUAUAUGUUUUUAUUAAGAAAGGAAUUUUAAUGAAAAAAUUAAAAAAAAGUGUGCAAAAAAAAAAAUGAAAAUAAUAAUAUAUAAAACUAAACCAAAACAACCGUAUAUGUACAACAGUUUUGUGAAAAAAAUCCGCCAAAUCAAACAAAUUUUUUAACUGAAAAAUUAAAAAAAAAUAAUCAAUUAGAAAAAAAAAAAUAAUUGAAAAUUUUGAAAAUUAGUAUAAUAAAAAAAUAUUGAUACACACAUAAAAAUAAGUCGCCAAAAUAACAUAAUUCAUUUUCCAAAUUUUUUUUUUGCGAAAAAAUAAGUCGUCAAUGUCAAAAAUCAGCGCAAAUCAUAUAUAACGUUAGUAUAUUGGAAAUUUUACAAAAACAACAGAAAAUAUAUACGAAAAACGUCAGAACAAAUAUAUCAAAAAAUCAAACAAAGUGCCACUAAAAUCAAAACAUACAUACUUACUGACCACAUUACACCUGCAACACACAUACACACAGCAUAUUACGUACAUAGUACACAUGUAUGAUGCACAUUAAUGCCAACGUGAAACUGUAGAAAUUGAAGUGAAUAAAACACAACAAACAACAAGCGAAACCGAAAGACUCGCAACGCAGACGUGUCGGAAUUUCGAUAAUGAGGCGUCAGUAAGCCAUCGGCCGCAGAGUACACCGCGCAAGCGAGCGAACGCGACACUAGUAGAAAAUUCGUUUUUCAAUACCGAAACCGCAAUGCACUGCUGUGUACAAGUUAAGUGUUUGCAUGUAGUGGUUUCAAGCAACAAGUGAGCUGCGGGCGUCACGUGAAGGGUGCAAUUCACCUGUGUGCGGCAUUGAUGGUGACGGUGGCGCUGGUGGUGACGGUGUCGGUGCUUGUGACGAUUGCUUACCAUGCGCAUUUGCCUGUUAUAAGCGAGCUAUUAGCGACGCAUUUACAGCUAUGAAAAUAAACAACAACAAAUACGCGCUUUAUUGUUAUUGAGCGAUCACUGUGAUUGUUGACAUUAUUAUUGCAGCGGGUUUGAGCUUGCGCUCUGCAUUCAACAGUUUAUCGGCGCGCUGAUCGCUUGCAGUGCCAAGUGACUGCUUAAUCUGUUAUCGCUUACAUUUGUUCCUGACAUUGCAGCCGACUGCUGUAACCAUCUGGGGUCUUCCUCUUAAUACUACUAAGGUAAAAUAUGACUGUGUCAUAUGCUGGUGAGGUGCCGAAUGGCAGUAGCUUUGGCUGCUUCUGGCGCAUUCUAUGGAAAUGGCGUGGCAGCGUUUACAAAUUGGUGUGGCGUGAAUUAAUCGCGUACUUAUGUCUUUAUUAUACAAUUAAUUUAGUCUAUAGAUUCGUAUUAAAUGAACAACAACAAAUAAUUUUUACCAAAGUUCGCAUAUAUUUCGGCCAACAGGGCGAAAGUAUACCCAUGUCAUUUGUGCUGGGUUUCUAUGUAAAUAAGGUUGUGCAACGUUGGUGGGAGCAAUAUAGAUUAUUGCCAUGGCCCGACACUUUGGCGCUUUUUAUCAGCGCCGCCAUACCAAACGGCACUGGUGGAGCCAAUAAGAAUGAAACGGGUCGCCUCAUGCGUCGUAACAUCAUGCGCUACAUGGUGCUUGCGUAUGUGAUCACACUGCAACGCAUAUCGCUGCGUGUGAAGCGUCGCUUUCCCACCACACAACACCUCGUGGAUGCUGGUCUCAUGCACGAGUCUGAGUGUAAAAUCUUCGAUGCACUUAAUGCCAAAAGUCCCAUGUCCAAAUACUGGAUGCCAUUGGUGUGGGCCACGAAUAUUAUAAAUCGCGCACGCAAGGAGGGUCUGAUAGCGUCCGAUCACAUUGUGCAAACCAUAUUGAUGGAGCUGUCCGAUAUACGACGGCGGUUGGGUGGUCUGAUCGGAUACGAUACGGUGUGCGUGCCGCUGGUGUAUACGCAGGUUGUGACACUGGUGCUGUACACGUAUUUCAUAGCUGCGCUGGUCGGGCGACAAAUGCUGCCGAACAUGACCGAUGCCAAAGAUCCAGACUUGUACUUUCCGUUCUUCACAGUAUUGCAGUUUGUAUUUUACGUUGGCUGGCUAAAAGUAGCUGAGGUCUUAAUAAAUCCGUUUGGUGAAGAUGAUGAUGAUAUUGAAUUGAAUUGGCUCAUCGAUCGACACAUAAAGGCCGCCUACUUGAUCGUCGAUGAGAUGCACGAGGAGCAUCCCGAAUUGUUACGCGAUCAGUAUUGGGAGUGCGUGGUGCCCAAGGAGUUGCCAUAUACCGUUGCCUCUGAGCACUAUCGGCGUGAAGAGCCCAAAGGUUCGGCGGAAAACUAUAAAAUUAAGAAAGAGGAUGCCAUGUACGCCAAUAUAGUACCGGGUGGUGGCAAGCGUGGACUCGUCGACGAUGUCUAUGCCGAUUAUGAGAGUGUUGACACACCGAUGGUGGAGCGACGUAAGAAUCAUAAUUGGCUUGUACGCCAACUCUCGCGUAUGGGUUCGAUACGUAGCCAAUCGACUUAUUCAUCGAAUGGCAUGGCGUUUAAUCGUAAUCGUCUCAAUUCGGUUUACUCCAGCCCCGAGUCCGGCAUACCGGUUAAUAUUUUACAGCAACAGCAACAACAAGCGCAACAACAACAACAAAGCCAAACAGGGCAAAUACAAUCGAAGCCGAGCUUUUAUGGCAAGUUCGUGAAUCGUAAAUCGCAACGCGCACAGAAACAGUUGAUUAAGCAGAACUCAAAGCUGAAUGGUCUCAAUGUCAAUGUACCCAAGACACGACCACGUAUACCCACGCCUGACGCUUCCAAAGAGUUGGGCGAAAAAGAUUUCAAUGGCACGAAAACCGUCAUUAUGGCACCACAGUUGAGCACUCAAACCUCCAUGUAUCCCUACACGAGCACCACCAACAAUCAGGAUGGACCUGUUUUGGGCACACUUCUAUUAUCGCCCAUUAAAGAAAUGGAUAGCUCAUCUUCCAAUAACACUUUGAUUCCAGGACAUCCGACAACAACCGCGUUGGCUCAAGCUGUGCUGCCAGCCAAUUUGAAGGAUGUGAACUUCGGUGUUGCCUCACCAACAGCACCCGUUACCACAAAUAUCACGACACUGUCUUUCCCCUUCACUAUGACCACCAGCUCGGCGGAUUCAAUGCCCACUGGCACACUAAAUAUCGUACCCAUCGGUGCUACGCAAAUGCCCACCAUCACCACCACCGCCAGCGGUUUCGAUGCUAAUGAUCUCAUCACAACAAUUCCCGUCUCAUUGUCCAUACAACGCUCGCCAUCCAUGCGCUCCAUCAACGACUUUAGCGGCAAUGAAAAUGUGGACGUCGUCGGUUCGGCAGGCCACGGCAAUGGCGUUGGUGGCUUGGUCGCGACCACAAAUAAUGCCAUACUGACUAUUAAGCCAUUGAAUGGCGGUGGCAAUAUUUCACGCAACAAUAGUUUCAAUGCCAAUUUGAAUCUAAAUCUGCAGGACUCCUAUAUACUAGAGCGGAAUGCAUCGGUACGCUCGGCAGGACAACCGGUUGGCAGUAGUGUGACGGAUGGCGCAACAACGUCGUCAGUAGAGGGUAGGACCGAUAAUGUCGGUGCCAGUGGCGCUUCAGCGCCCUCUACUCUAGCCAAGCGUACACCCGAACCGGCGAAGGGCACGAAGGAGGUGUAUGUGUAGGGGAGAAAAUGGCGACAACUAGUGCGACUUUGCGAAUUAAGAGAGACUCUUACUUCUUCUUGCUCUUAUUUAUUGAUUUGAUUUAGGGAUUGCUAGACUAUUUAUGAAUUUGUAAAUAUGAAAUUACAAGUUGUUAGCCAAUUUUUAUUCAAUUACAGUAGAACAUGCUGAUCAAUAUAUAAUAUGAGAAGUUGAAUUAUCUUAGUAGUGUAACAAAGCUAGAACUUUUAUCAAAUCAUAAAUAAUAUAUAUUAGACAAAAACUGUAUAAAUAUAUAAUUUACUCGAAUAGUAUAUAACGAAGAUCAAAAUCAACUAUAUAUAUAUCUAUAUCUAUAUCUAUAUACAUAUGUAUAUGUAAUAAGCUUUUACGAAACUCGCGCUAUGCAUUCCUUAACACUGGCUAUAAAACAGUGUUUCAAGCAUAGAUUUCAGUCCUUUCAAUUACCCCCCCUCAAAAUAUAGUUUAUUACUUAUUUAGUUAAUAUAUUAUAUAUUAAAUUUUGUUAAAUUACAUAGCAUUAUAUAAAAGCCUAUGUAUAUAUAUAAAGUAUUAAGUAAUGAUAAUUAUUAUGAAUAUUAAGUUUAAACCGUUAAUUAUUGUAAAUAAAUGGAAUCUCUACAAAAAUCUAAAACCGAAUGCAAACUUUUGUGAUAUUUGUCAUAUAUACUUUAUAUAUGCGGUAUAUAUCUAUAUAUAUUCAUAUAUAUAUGUAUAUAUGUAUACUUAGCCACAUAUGUAUAUACCAACGUUAAGAAAUUGGGAAGCAUUUGCUUGUAUAUGUAAUAAUAUACUUGCGUGUUUUCAAACUAUGAUUACUUUUGAAAUUGUUGAACAAUCUUUAUGUUAUUUAUGUUUAUUAUAAACACAUUAUAUAUCAAAAUUGUUUAAAAUAUUAAUUUUUAAUUUUUUAACUGUAACUAAUUUUCUAUUAAACAUUAUGAAAUAAUAAAAACGUAGAGAAAGUAAGAAGACUUUGUUAAUUCCAAGAGAGAAGAGAGUAAGUUUCACUUUACUAAUAACUGCUGUACGCAUUAGAGACCCAGCAAGAAAAUUAAACAAAAAAAAAACAAGUAAGGAAAGGAUUAGAUAACAAAUUCAGAGGGAAUGAAUUACAUUAAAAUAUCUGAGAGAUUUACCUAUAUUUUCGGUGAAAAAUUACCCUACGGAACUGAGUUCUUCAUGUUCUAUAUCAGGGGCCUUGAAAAGUCAUGGUCCGAUUUUGACAAUUUUCCUCAACUGACGUCACAACUCAAAUACAAUAUUUGUGUAAAGUUUUAUUCCGCUAUCUCCAUUGGUUCCUAAUGUAUAUAUGUAUUAUAAUGUGAACGAAUCAGAAGAUUUCAAAAUUGAGAUAUAUGGGAAGUAGGCGUAGUUGUGAACCGAUUUCGCCCAUAUUCCACCCGUGUCAUGACAAGAAAGUGUUAUGUACCGAAUUUCAUUGAAAUCGGGCGAGUAGUUCUUGAGAUUUGGUUUUUGACCCAUAAGUGGGCGACGCCAAGCCCAUUUUCCAGUUUGUAAAAAAUCUCAGUGCAGCUUCCUUCUGCCAUUUCUUAUGUAAAAUUUGGUGUUUCUGACGUUUUUCUUUAGUGAGUUAACGCACGUUUAGUACCUUUGUAUGGGAGGUGGGCGUGGUUAUUAUCCGAUUUCUUUCAUUUUUGGACUGUAUAAACUAACGGCUAAAAGAAAGGACUGCAGAAAGUUUGGUUAAUAUAGCUUUAUUGGUUUGCGAGUUAUAAACAAAAAACCUAUUUGGGGGCGGGGUCACGCCCACUUUACAAAAAAAAUUACAUCCAAAUGUGCCCCUCCCUAAUACGAUCCUAUGUUCCAAAUUUUUUCAUAACUUUAUUUAUGGCUUAGUUAUGACACGAAGAUAUCUUAAUUUUUACUCACGUUAUCGCUUGCACGGACAGACGGACAGAAAGACAUCCGGAUUUCAACUCCACUCGUCAUCCUGAUCAUUUAUAUUUAUAUAACCCCAUAUCUAACUCUUUUAUUUCUUGGUGACACAAACAACCGUUAUGUGAACAAAACUAUAAUACUCUGUGCAACAUGUUACGAGAGUAUAAAAAUGCCAAAACAGGCUAUAUGUUCAAACAAUGAGUUUAAAACCCUAACGAAAGAUCUAUGAUCCCACUACCAAAAUAAAUAGUAGUGUUCUAAAUAGUUAGGUCAUCUCACGAAGAAUAAAAUUAUACUAAAAGAAAUCAGUCGACUAUUAACUCUGAGUAAUGUUCACUUGAAUAUAUUACUACGACAUUUCUACAAUAUUGAGUUUAUUUCCUCGGCAGAUAAUUAAAUUUUCGCAGUCAUUUUAUUUUGUUAUUAUUUUUUUGACUUGUCAAUAAUAUUUAAGCUUAGAUGAUCACAAAUUUUAAAUUAAGGUAAAAAACACUUACAUAUAUAUUACAUGCAGAUUUAUAUAAUUCUUAAGCAGAAAUACCAGUUUUUUGUUUAAUCCAGUCCAAGUAGCUGGUAACGCGUGUGAAGGCGGCAGGGUAACCCUUAGCACAACCAGCUUUCGAGCCGAAUGAGGUCAAACCAACUAGUACUUUGCUGGAUUCCAACACCAAUGGACCACCGGAGUCACCAUUGCAGGGAGAGAUACCACCAGUUGUGGCGGUACAAAUUUCCCCCGACGAAACCAUGCCAAAGGUGCGUUUGCACACAGCAUUAGAUAUAACAGUCAUGGUAGCAUAUUGCAACUUAAUGGCCGUUUCUGUUGUAGAGUCAGAGAUACGGCCCCAACCAGAAGCGAUGACACGUUCUCCUUCAUAUGUGGAAUACGAUGGUGUCAUCUUGGGUAGAGCAACCGGCUGUAUGGCGGCGGUGUAGGUUACAGUUGGUAUGCGUAUAAGCGCUAUGUCGUUUCUACUUUGUCCACCCCACUCGCUAUGGGUAAUAAUGUCAUAAUGGUCCACUGUAUAUGAAACGGCUGGACUUGUACGGUUUGUGCUACCAAGUUGAACUUUCACAGAACUCACUCUGAAAGUUUGUGUUGUAUAUUAAUUAUAAAAUAAGCUGAGAAUUGUAGUGUUUCAAUCGAAAACUUACCCAUCAGUGCAAUGAGCAGCAGUUAACACCCAGUUUUUGCCAAUCAAUGAACCACCGCACAAGAAUGUACGGGUGGCGGUAGACAAUAGCAAACAAACUUGAUAAGGAAAUUGAGUCGCACCAGCGUCCAGUCCAUUCACAAUGCGUCCAUCAAAGUUCUCAUUCAACGUUGGCACAUAAAGCUCGCGCUCAAAGAUAUCUUUUCCGCGUAGAUCAAAUGCUGAGGCAACGGCCAAACUGCAAGCAAGCACAAUUAUGAACUUCAUUAUGUUAGGCAGUGAGUUAGACAGAACUAUGAAAGAAAUCGUGAAAAGAUUGUGUUUAUAUACAUGGCAGUCCAGAGAGUCCUUGGUUAUUUAGUAAGUAAUGGCAUUGCGAAUGUCACAUCGGUUUAGUUGCGCUUGUGCAAUCAUAAAUAUUAGUGUUUUGGUACUUUACACAAAAUAUCACUAACACGUCAUUUAUGAUACCUCAUACUAAGGUUUUAUAUGGUUUCUAACGUUCAUUUAAAGUUUCCUUAUCAUACAACGGUAUUAUAUCGUCACUGAUAAUAAUGCCUCAAUAUCCGGCAUUAUUUAUUGGAACGGUAUGUCUUUUGAUAGGAAAUAAAUACAUGCCUCAUUUGAAACAUGUCUUUCAUAAAUAACGCUUUUAAAAAAUUGUCAAUUAGUAUGUAAUUGCCAAUAAAUUAGCCACCUGCUAUGUCAAUCGGAAAUAGAAUUCUUAUAAAUCUACGUAAUUAUUAAUUUAUUGGAUAUGAAAAGUAUAAAUUUAAAGUUAACACCGUUAGCUGUAUAUUGAUUUCAGAUUUUAUCAGUUUUUUGUGCUAAUAGACACAAUAUACCUAACUCUUCCGUAUACUGAUUUCGUAUACUGAGUCCCUUUGAAGGUUGUAUUGUUUCAAAAAGUUGAAUAUAUCGAUAAAAGAUUAGUAAUUAUUUUACAAAACAAACCUGGAAGCAAACUACCUCUAAUUGCUUAAGCUUAAUUGAGUGUAUAUGAACAGCGAACUGUUUAAUUAGUUUACUUGAUAUGUACAACUUAUUGAGCUAUUAGAAAACAGAACAAGGUAUUGAAAGUAAGAGUUAUCAGUUAAAAAACAAUAUUAAAUUCAUAAACGGAUGCAUACUGAAAGUUCUGUUGAAAAACAACAAGUCUCUAAAUAUAGGUCCAUAGUUAUUAACAAAUUGGAGUUUUCAGAAGAGUACAUCACUGGUAUGUCAUUACUUAGUAAUGAAAUUUCAUCCUUUUAAUCAAACAAGUGCCUUUCUGUUCAAAUUCCAAAAUACGGCUACUAACAAAAACACUUUACUUUAAGACUCCUUCGUAACUAUCUGUGGUACAUGGAUUCCAGACUUUUAAACUAAAUUCAAGCCCAUUACAAACAACCACUCACAAUAGUUACUCAGACAUAAUUGGAAUAAAAACUAAUCACCAAUUUAAAUAAAGUUUUUAAAACACUUUAAGCUUUUUCAAUUUAAUUUUUAUUAAAACAAUAUUAUGUGAACUCUUUAGGCGGAAAUACCGGUUUGCUGUUUAAUCCAGUCCAAGUAGCUAGUAAUGCGAGUGAAUGCUGCUGGGUAACCCUUGGCACAACCAGCCUUCGAGCCGAAUGAGGUCAAACCAACUUGAACAUUGCUGGAGGCCAACACCAAUGGACCGCCGGAGUCACCGUUGCAGGUGGAGACACCACCAGUUGUGGCGAUACAGAUGUUGCUUGCUGAAACACUGGCAUAGGUCUUCUUGCACUGAGCAUUGGAGAUAACAGUCAUGAUGGCAUAUUGCAAUUUGGAAGCAACGGCGUUCGAAGAGUCAGAGGUACGACCCCAGCCAGAAGCGAUAA